UGGUCUUUGUGCUGAGCUUCCCGUGGCCAUGCCUUGCUGCGCCGCCUUGCUGCCGUCAUGCUGGCGACUGCGACGAAGGGGGCCGCAGCCCAUUUGCACAUGCGCCUCCUGCAAUGCGGCGCUGGACUUCUUGCUGUCCCCGGCGGGCCUGGAGUGCUUGAGCACAGCCUGCGAUCCCAAGCUCAUGGUGCGGCUGGGCUUCUGCAGCCGCAGGACGCAGCAGGGCGUCUUCCAGGAGCUCGCCGGAAGCUUCGACUGGCAGCAACUGGCCUACGCACAGGCCGUCCAGGAGCUGUGCCGAAAAGGCAACCACAUCUACUUCGGCUAUGGCGGGGGCACCACACCCUGCAGGGAAUCUUUGCCUUUCCUGCGGCAAGCGGCGCGCCUGUCUCAGAAGUUUCACGCGAAGAUCCACAUCGACGCCCACGCAGGAGUCCGUGCUCCGGGGCGGUUCGUGGCGAAGAACGUGAGCCAGGCGCGGGCCAAGGCCGUCUUGAAGGACUUGGCCUUCCAGGGUGUGCCCGCAAGCCGCAUCACCUUCACUGCUUGGGGCAAGGAGAUCUCGGGCACGUGGCCGGAGGACGACGAGUGCGUGGCCCGGGCCGAGCUCUUCUUCCACCGCCACGGCGCAGAGCUGCCGACUCGGCCCACGUACUACCAGUCCGCCAGGUCACAUGCGACGGUACACCACGGCAUCGAUGAGAUUGGCUUCGUGGACGACUUCCGAUUUAACUUCCAGCACUCGGAUCCUGACAGCCUGAUGCUUUACCUGCCAGCCGCCACGGGAUUUCAGCUGGUCUCCGUGCUGAACGCCGCAUGACAUCUCGCGCGAGCUGCAGGGAAAGUGCUGCUUCGUGAGGCUCAAAGAUACUCAAAGCCUCAGACGAGCGCGCGCACAGGCCAAGCAAGCCGCGUCAGUGGCUUGUUUCAAUCUCCCCACUUGUUUGCUAUUGGGUGGAUCUUUGGGCUU